UGUCAACCUAUGACAGUGAGGAGCAAAACCUUUUUUCUUUAUUUAUUUGGUUGACAUCAAGGUUGUCUGCAACCAACCAAAUAUUCGAAGAAAAAUUUUUGAAAACUUUCAGUAUUAUCAACCAAUAUAUAGUUUGUACGCAAAAUGGAAAGGUUUGCUAAUCAACCUUUUGGACCUCGCUACGAAGCUGUAGGCAAUGGAUCUGUAACGGAUAAGGUUUUACCCGAAAUGGCACAUUUGGUCAGUUCCUAUUGGAGUCAAUUUCCCGCCAUGGACCCCAUAUGGUAUAAAAUUCUCUCAACCUACCUAUUUACCAUUGGUAUACUGGCUUGGAUCGGCAAUGGUACGGUUAUUUACAUUUUUGGAACUACAAAGUCACUGCGUACCCCGGCCAAUUUGCUGGUCAUCAAUUUGGCCAUCUCCGAUUUUGGCAUGAUGGUGAUGAACACACCAAUGAUGGGUACAAAUUUAUAUUUCGAAACCUGGGUAUGGGGUCCAUUGAUGUGCGAUGUCUAUGCUGCAUUAGGUUCGGCAUUUGGUUGCAGUUCCAUAUGGUCCAUGUGUAUGGUGGCAUUGGAUCGUUACAAUGUCAUUGUCAAGGGCAUGUCGGGUCAACCGAUGACCAUAAAAUUGGCCAUUUUCAAGAUCAUUUUCAUAUGGGUCAUGAGUGGCAUUUGGACUUUGGCCCCCUUAUUUGGUUGGAGUCGUUAUGUGCCCGAGGGCAAUUUGACCUCAUGUGGCAUUGAUUAUUUGAAUCAUGAUAUCAAUCCCAUGAGCUAUUUGAUACUUUACACUGUUUUUGUCUACAUCAUGCCUUUGUUUUUGAUCUGCUAUUCUUAUUGGUUCAUAAUUGCUGCUGUAUCUGCCCAUGAGAAAGCCAUGCGAGAGCAAGCCAAGAAAAUGAAUGUCAAAUCUUUGCGUUCCUCUGAGGAUGCUGAUAAAUCGGCAGAAGGCAAAUUGGCCAAGGUGGCUUUGGUAACCAUUUCCUUGUGGUUCAUGGCCUGGACCCCUUACACAGUCAUCAAUUGCAUUGGUCUUUUUGGCUAUGAGGGUUUGACUCCUUUGAAUACCGUAUGGGGAGCCUGUUUUGCCAAAUCGGCCACAGUCUAUAAUCCCAUUGUCUAUGCUACCAGCCAUCCCAAAUACCGCAUUGCUCUUAAGGAGAAAUGUCCUUGCUGUGUCUUUGGCAAAGUUGAUGAUGGCAGAACCACGGCCAGCGAAGGUCAAUCACAAGCCAGCGAGACAGAAACUAAGGCCUGAACUCAAAAAUAGAAAUUCUAACUAACGAUGAUGUUGAUAUGAAGACGACGACAGACGCUAAACCACCUCAACCUGUUGAAAAAAAGGAACCUCUAUUUUAUAAAAAUAUUUCAUUGUAAAAUUUUUAAAACUAAGAAAUUUUUUCUAAACAAUCGUAAGGCAGCCGGGUGUUGCCUUUCAAGUACAUACCUUUUAUGACCACUUGAUGUGGAAUUUUUAAUAAUCUUUUUUUUUAUAUAACAAUACAAAAACAAAAACAUUUCAGCAAA